UUCAAAUCAAAGCAGGACUUCGAUUUAAAAAAUUUUCUGGUUUUUUCUCUCUCGUUUACUAUUUUGAAUUAAGUGCAAAAAAAUAUGUUAAGCAAAUAAAUUUUGUGAAUUGUCGAAUUUUUUUUUUUUAAAUUUUAAAUCAACAAAAGAAUUUUUAAGCGAAACUUUUGAAAAAAAAUUAAGAAGUGAUGAGUCCAAAAUUACACGAAUUUUUAGUGACACUCCACAGAAGAGCUGAGAACGCUCCAUGGGGCAUCCGUUUAAUUGGCGGAAGUGACCUGAAUGCUCCCCUCAUCAUCACAAAGGUCUCUCCCAACAGUCCCGCCGCCGAAGAACUGCUACGCGGUGAUGUCAUCACAAAAAUCGAGGAAUACGACGCACGUGACUUGACACAUCAAGACGCCCAACGUCUCUUCACACAAGCACAAAGUCAAAUAAAACUCGUCAUUCGUCGCGACGACAUUAUCGCCGUCAAACAAACACUCAGCAACGAGUCUUCACGUUGUCCAUCGACAGUUCCUGCGGAUCAUCUCUUCGAGUCUUCCAUCCCGAACGAUGGGCGUCCUUCAGGAGUUCACUCACCUUUGCCGCACGGUCCCCAAAAUUACGCACGUGCCAUGAUGUCUCCCGUGGAAAACUUACCGCACACCGUUUUCCCUCCAACGCCCGACGUGAUAUCCGAGGAACUCAAUUUCGCGCAACAACAACAACAUGACACGGCAGUGACCGCCGAACAGCCCUACCGUACAACUCCUCUCAUAUUGCCCGGUGCCAAAGUCAAUAAAAAUAACUUACCAACCGAAUCCUACUUGAGACACCAUCCGAAUCCAGCGGUGCGCGCCCAUCCAACACACGACUUUCACGAUGUGCUCAUGAAGCAAAAGGUCGCUGAAGCCAUUCUGCAACGCACACUCGGCCAAGAAGCUCCUGGAAAGCUUGCACACAAGCAAUUCAACUCUCCCAUUGGUCUCUACUCGGACAGCAAUAUUGAGAACACCAUCAAACAAUCUGUGCCUGGCGAUUAUCACGGAUCAUACCAAGUGCCGCCACAAACUCAGCAUCAUUAUCAACCAGGUCCGCCAGCGCGUACUUUGCCUCAAAGUAAUAUGCCAAACAAAAUUCAAGGCUACAAGAAGACCGUAGUCUUUGAUCCGACAACAUCAGCUACCUUCAAGGCGUUGCACGAAGACGAAGUUGUCGAGGAUGCUGAGCCCGUACAACCAAAAGUAUUCAGACCGAAUCGCAUGGUUCCCGCUAAGAAGCCAAAUGCUUACCAUCCAGCUCCCCAACCCGAGUUCUACAACAAAGUCAACACUUUGGGCGAGUCCACGGAAGUCAUUCAUCAAUCGGGCUCCUUCAAGCGUCUCAUGCAUCACGUGCUCGGAGAAACUGACUACUAAAAAAAUCAUCAUCUUAUAAAAUGGGAGAAAUUAUUAAUGUAAAUAAGUAACGACGCAUAAAAACGAUUCAACCUCAAUUUUCUUGUCCAGAUAAAAAUUUUGCAGGUUGGAAAUAAAUUUUAAACACUCACUCACAAACAAA